UGCCUUUCCUAUAUAGUACAUUUGUCUUACGACCAUGCCACACUUACGCUGCGACGACACAAACUAACUAGUGCGGAUCCGCGCAUGACGUGCCAUACAAAAUGCUAGCAAAGAGUGAACAAAAUCUAUUAUAACAUAACUUAAAAAAGUGCUUAAAAUGACAUUGAAUUUUUAACACGUGAAAUAAGUGCAAAAAGUUUCAAAAUACUGAAGACUAAAUAAAUUAAAAUUAAAAUGGAUGAGGCUUUCGCGCACGUUGAUGGGAGUGUGAAGAAACACAAAAAGGGAUUAGUCCCUCCCGACGGAGGUUGGGGGUACAUGAUCGGGGUGGGCGUAGGAUUCACGUUUAUGUUAGGUUUUGGCUCAUCAAAUGCAUUCGGCAUUCUUUUCAACAACUUCUUCAUGGAGCAAGGUGGUGCUAGCGGUCUUCCACUGGUCAUUGGGGUGUAUAAUGGAGCUUUAUCUAUAGCAGGUUUCCUCAGUGGCAUAGCAUUGAAAAAGUACUCCUUCAGACAAGUCGGGCUGGUGGGGGCCGGGCUCUUCGUGCUCGGUGACGUCAUGACAAUAUUCGUGCAAAGGACGUACCAACUGGUUUUCACGUUCGGAGUUGUCAGAGGAGCUGGAUUCGGAGUGAUGAUCCCAGUCAGUUUCACUGCCUUCAACUGUUAUUUCACCAGAAAAAGAACUACGAUGAUGAGUGCCAACCAGACCAUGAGCAGUAUGGCGUCCAUAACCUUCCCCAUGCUUGUGACGUAUCUCCUGGCUGAAUAUGGGUUCAGAUGGACUCUAGCUCUCAUAACGGCUGUGGAUCUACACCUGGUGUUUGCUAUGCUGGUCAUGCACCCAGUGGAAUGGCAUUUAGUUAAAUCUGAUGAUCCUGAUGCAGGAACAGAACUAACACAACCAUGUGACGUGAGAAACGUGAAAAAACGAAAGACUGAAAACUGUGAUGAAUCUGUAAUAAAAAUGUUAACAGGUGAUGACAAUGAUGUAGAAGUUGUUGAGAGUAGAACUAAGAGUACUCGACAUGAAUCUCUACAAAAAAGUAUAAUUAAGGUAAUUUACGAAAAUAUCGAGUUGGAUCUAUUGAGGGACCCUCGUUUCGUCAGCACCUUGGUGGGCCUUGGAUUCGCCUUCGUAUCUGACGUCACAUAUUUGGCUAUGGAGCCAAUGUUGCUGUUUUCCUAUGGAUUCACUAAGAUGGAAGUAGCAACUUGUGUGAUGGUGGGUGCAGUGGCAGACCUUUUAGCUCGAUUCCUUCUGGCUGUGAUUACGUACUUUUACGUGGUGGACAGCAGAAAGAUCUUCUUUGCUGGCACUUGCGUGACUGUUAUUCUGCGUGUCGCUCUCGUGAGCUCAAGUGAGCUGUGGUACGUGUUUGCCAUAACCGUGGUGUCAGGCGUCGUACGGUGCUCGGUGCAGGUGCUCUUCCCGCUGGUGCUGGCGAUGGCUGCUCCGGACAACUUCCCUGGUGCUCUGGCGCUGCAUAUACUCUUCUCUGGAGCGCUGAUGCUGAUGGCGGAUCCUUUGAUAGGUAUCCUAUAUGAAGCAACUGGAAGCUAUGUGUUUUGUUUCUUCGCAAUGAGUUUUUGCUGUCUCAUAUGUGUAGUGUUGUGGACUGUCGAGUAUUGUGUCUAUAGAAAGAAAUAAUACUUAUUAGAACAAUAAACAAUAUUAUUAUCAAAUUAAUAAUGUGUAAGGAAGUAUUAUAUUUUUAUUAUAGUGCUGAAUAUUAUUCGUUUAGUUAUUAUUAUUUAGUUAGUGACGUAUAUUUGUGAAAAUAUGAAACGGGUUCUCGAGUAUGUUCUACAAAGCAUUGCCAUUUUGUUAAUCGAUCUUAAUAAGUAUAAUUAUUAUUACGUGUUUAUUUACUUUUACAUAAAAUAGAUACAGUAAAUGCCUACUUUUAUUUAUUUUAUCUCCCAAGUCCUAGAUGCCUACGUAAAGAACAUAAUGGCCCAAUUAGAGAUUGCAAC